AUGAAUUCUAUAAAUGAGGACAGUGAUUACGAGGAUGAUUCUGAUCUCAAUAGUCCAUGUAAUUCAGACAAUGAGGAUAAUGAGUGUGGUUUCAUCCUCCCUCCUCCCACACGUGCCAAGAAAAAGGGUAAAAAGCAAACAUCCAGUUCAUUGUUGGUAGGAAAAUCUGAACAUAAUUUUUUCUUCCAUUUAGGCCAAGAAUUUGAGGAUGUAAUUGAGUUCAGAAAUGCAAUUACUACAUAUUGUGUGACUAAUGGCAGAGAUGUAAAAUUUUCUAGAAAUGAUGAGAAGAGAGUACACGGGAAAUGUAAGGCCGAAGGAUGUCCUUGGAGAAUAUGGGCUUCGGUGGACAAAGGCAAAACAACAUUUACAGUGAAGACUCUUGUGCCAACACAUAAUUGUGGAAGGAUUCCAAUUGUUAAAAAAAUCAGGGCUUCUUGGAUUGCAACGACAUACCAUUCUAAGUUUAAGGUAAAUCCAUACAUGAAGUGUCAAGAAAUAGUUGACACUAUAUGGUCCGAAUAUGGUGUGAAAACAUCAUUAUGGUUGGCGUUAAAAGCAAGAAGGAAAGCUCAAAAUUUGAUACUUGGAGAGUACAAGGAGCAAUAUUCUUUGUUGUACAGAUAUGCACAAGAGAUAAAAAGGGUCCUUAUGGUGGACAACUACUUGUGGCUUGGGAAGGGAUGGAAUAACCAAAUGUUCCCCAUUGCAUGGGCAUGUGUAGAAGUUGAAGACACGGAGAGUUGGAGUUGGUUUCUUGAGCUUCUUGCUAAUGAUUUAGGGACUAUAGAUGGGAGUGGUUACACUAUCAUGUCAGAUAGCAAAAAGGUCUACUCAAAGCUAUCUCCAUUGUAUGGCCUAAAGCAGAGACUAGAUGUUGCGCUAGACAUGUAUAUGUAA